AUGUGGACGCCUGAGACUCCUGCCCGGACUCCUGCUAACUGCCUGGACUCCUACCUAGACUCCUACCUAGACUCCUGCCUGGACUCCUGCCUGGACUUCUACCUGGACUCCUGCCUGGACUCCUGGCUAGACUCCUGCCCGGACUCCUGCCUGGACUCCUGCUUGGACUCCUGGCUAGACUUCUGCCCGGACUCCUGCCUAUACUCCUACUUAGACUCCUGCCUAGAUAACUGCCUGGACUUCUACCUAGACUCCUGCCUAGACUCCAGCCUGGACUCCUGCCUGGACUUCUACCUAGACUCCUGCCUAGACUCCUGCCUGGACUCCUGCCUGGACUUCUACCUGGACUCUUGCCCGGACUCCUGCCCGGACUCCUGCCUAUACUCCUACUUAGACUCCUGCCUAGAUAACUGCCUAGACUCCAGCCUAGACUCCAGCCUAGACUCCUGCCUGCCUGGACUCCUUCCAGAGGGGUUUGAUCCAAAAAAGCCACUUCAGUGUGCGAUGUGGAGCAUGCAGGACUGGAAGACCAACGGCACGUCCUGCUGCCACACAUCUACACUGACUCCUCCCCUUACACUGACUCCUCCCUCUACACUGACUCCUCCCUCCACUGACUCCUCCCCCUACACUGACUCCUCCCUCUACACUGGCUCCUCCCUCUACACUGGCUCCUCCCGCUAUACUGACUCCUCCCUCUACACUGGCUCCUCCCUCUACACUGGCUCCUCCCUUUACACUGACUCCUCCCUCUACACUGGCUCCUCCCUCUACACUGACUCCUCCCUCUACACUGGCUCCUCCCUCUACACUGACUCCUCCCUCUGCACUGACUCCUCCCGCUUCACUGGCUCCUCCCCACUACACUGA